GGAGGCCCUUCGGCAGCAGCGCUGGCAGCGGAAGGUCCCUGCCGAUGUGCCCCCUCCCCGGCCAGCCCCCACUGCCCCUGACCUUUGCACAAACACCCUCGGGGAGAGGCUAUAAAGUGGGAGCCAGGGGCUGGCUGCCCCUGCGCAGAGCCUAGCACAGCCAUGAAGGGGUCGAUCCUGCUCCUGCUCGCCUGCACGGCCGUCCUGGCAGCGACAGCAAGGGCCGAUACGAGCGAGCAGCCCGAGACGCUGGUGAAGAAGGUGCAGGAGUACGCCCAGAAAGCCUCCUCCAUGGUCAAGGGAGCCUUCAACACGCUGCAGGAGUCGGACAUGGCUCAGCAGGCCAGGCGCUGGCUGGAGAGCAACGCGGACCUGGCGAAGAAGCAGCUGGCCCGGCUGAAGCAGCAGCUGGCCGAGCUCUGGAAGCAGACGGCGGCUGUCUAGCCCCUCCGGGGGCUGGCGGGGGCCUGGGGGCACCCUGGGUCCCCACCCAUGUUGUGAUUCUUCAAUAAAGUGGCGCUGAAGCAGC